GAUGACUCGAUAAAACGGUCGCUUCCCCUUUAAGUCUCGCUGUUGAUGACGCCACCACCUGUUCACCGAGGAGCACAACAAGGAAGUGUUCAGUUUCUAGUUCAACCCGUUUACAGACGGAACCACUUUAUGAGCAAAUGUUGUCCUUGUAGUAGAGGAUGUCUGUUGAAAACCCAGAGGAGAGGACGGUGGAGGUGCUGGCGCUGCCUGCAGCCGUGGAUGAGGAGCUUCUCUUUCUCUACUUUGAGAAUAAGCGGCGCUCUGGUGGAGGUCCACUCGUCCAUGUGGAGAAGAAAGGUGACGGCGCCAUACUGGUGUUUGAAGAGGCAGAAGCUGCAGCCCGGGUGCUGUCUAAAGGGCACCACGUUGUGCAUAAUGUGGAGCUGAGUGUGAGAAAGCCUGCCUCAAAGGACCGCUGUAGGCUGCUGCUGCGGGGGAUCAACCCCAACACCAGCACAGAGAUGAUAGAGCUCUACGUGGAGAACAUGAUGGGGCUGAACGUGCCUGACUCUGCCACUCUGUGUCCCUCGCCGCGGAGAGAUUUAAUGCUCAUUCACCUCAGUCAACCCUUCUCGAAAGAUUUCCAAAACCUCAGUGCUAAAAUCUCCAAGAGGAAACUCGAUGGGGCCGAGGUAACUCUGGAGCAGGUGGAGCAAACGGACUCCGUCUUAGUGGAGAAUUUGCACCCUGGCACCACUCCAGACCUGCUCAAUUUGUACUUUGAGAGCGAGCGAGGUGGGAAUCAGAAGGUCAAGGAGGUCACAAUGCUUUCAGAGGGUACAGCCAAGGUGUCCUUUGUCAAUUAUGCAUCAUUGGGCCCCGUCCUGGACCACCCGCACAAACUGGACAAUGCUGUUCUUGUUGUGAAGCCGUACUUUGACUUUCUUCAGCCCGCAGAAACAUUAACGUCACAAGACUCUGGAAUCGGAAGCCAAGACAUGACUGAAACAAACUCACAGGAUAUUCCGAUGCAGACCAGUCCUCCCAGUGUGGCCCAUGCAAACAGCCAGUCCUCCCCUCAGACGGCCUUGAAGCCUCUUGCUGCCCAUGAAGCGGUAGUGGAGGCGGCAGAGGAAGUCAUGGAGGAUCAAACGGAGGAAGAAGAUACGCUAUCAAGCGAUAUCGCUAUCGCUGACCGAGUAAAACUCGCUUUGUUUCAACACAGCACCUUUCAAAAGGACACUGAAAAGGCAUACCCAAAUUUCACCAUCCAAAUCAAAGACAAUGGCGUGCACAUCGCGGGGACCGACAGACAAAAGGUUGAGGAGAUAAAACAAACCAUUUUGGACUAUUUUGGCAAAAUGGCUGAGGCUCAUUUCACCCUGGAGCCAGAAAAGUCUCAGCUACUCGCAAGAAAAGAUGUGAGAAAGCGUCUGCUGCAAACCAUGAAUCAAAGUGGGUCACCUGCCGUGUACACCGUAUCGGACUGUAAUGUCGUGGUAACCUCCCUAUCCCAGAACUCUGUUAACCAGGCAUGUAGCUUUUUGAAAUCCCAGCUGUGUCACUUCGGCAUACCGGUGGACCCAGAAAAUGAGAGCAUGUUGUAUUGCAGAGAGUGGACGGAGUUCCUGCAGGCUCUGGGUUUCUCCUCUGUAAAGGUGUCGGAACAAGCAGCGAAUAUUGAUGUGUUCACUCUGAAAGGGAUGGAGAGUGAGAAGCAGGCUGCAAUCAUGACAUUUCUCACUACACCCAUUGAAAGAGAGACGGUCAUCUCUAUGGAGCCAGGCAUGCUGAAAUACAUCCAGAUCCACUGUCAUCAGCUGCUGGCCGACAUGGACCAAGUGUCUAUUUUUCCUCUAGAAGCAGAGGACGUUUGUGGGUUAAAGCUCCACGGCCACGCUACUGCUUGUCAAAUGGCUGAGGAGGUGUUGCAAGGCGUGGUGUCCUCGAUCUGCACCAGAACCAUCACAGUAAAUGCACCGGGAGUGAGCCGGUUUUUAGAGGACAAGGAGUGCAAGAGCAUCCUGAAGGAGAUGGAAAAAAAGUUCCAGGUCUAUAUCAACAUUAAGCACGUGCCCUGGGAAUACAUUGCUCACCAGGACAUUUUUCAAACUGCAUGGAACAUGAUGUCCCACAAAAACUUCCCGAGAGUGUCUCUGGAUGAUUCUCCACAGGAUUUAAAAUCUGAUUCAAUGCAAACUGAUCAUAAUGGAGCUCCAGCCAAAGGCCUUUUAGAGGAGGCAAAGAAAAUUGUCUCAUCAGUCGAUGAGGAGGGUGUGACCAAUUCAGACCAACCUGGCGACAUGGACGACGUGGACCUGUACACAGCAGAGGAACCAAAAAGCCUGACGGACCAGGACUCUGCUGCGAUGGCUGUCGAUUCUUCCCAGCUUUCAGCUGACGGGAAUGCUACCAGUGGGUUACUCCUGCCGAAUGAUGGCCUUUCUAGCAACCUUGAAGAAGAGGCCCAACUGUCUCUAGCCAUCCAGUACUCUAUGGAGUCAAGUCAUUGGUCCCUGGAGGAGGAGGAGGAGCAGCUGCAAAAAGCCUUGGAGCUGUCCAAGACAAUGAUCCAACAUGGAGCCUCUUCUAGGAGUGCUGACAAGAAGCCCAAGGUGAAGAAGAGCCCAGAUAUGUCCUUACAGGACGCCAUCAAGUCCGCCAACACAUUACAGUUAUUUGUGUUUGCAGGUUAUAACUGUGACCUGAUUCGGGUGGACAUAGCCUUCGGGAAGAAAGUCAGCCAGAGGCAGGUCGAAGAGAAAGUGGAGCACAGGAGUGUGAAGAACAUGUCCGAGUACCACAGGAAGUGUCUGGAGAUGAUCAAGAGGAAGCACGCAGUUGAGGUCGAAGUUCAGGGCACCAUAAUCACCGUUUCUGGCUUCAAGGACUUUGUGUCCGGAGGACUGGCUGACACGAAGCUGCUGCUGGAGAAACUCGCCAAUUCUGUGUCCGACCAGGAGAUCCUGAGGACUGUCCAAUGGGUGUUUCACGACCCAGCCUCUUCAGACGCGACUCCUUAUUCACCCGAUGUCACUGUUUUCAUCGAGAACGCUCUGAGGAUGAGACUGCAAAAGGUCGAUAUCUUGCUUGACAAUCAGCCCCACAUCAUCAGCUUUGAGAAGAUGCAAGAAAUCAACGUAGCUUCAGGGAAAUCUGUGAAAAUCUCCAGGAAGUUGCCCGGUUUAGGGGAUUUGGAUGAAGAUGUACCAGAAGAGGAAUACUCUCUGCUGUCAAAUCUGCCCGAAGUAACCAAAGUCGACGAGGAAUCUGAUGAAUUUCAAAACGUGGUGAAGAGUUUCUACGAGACCAUACAGGAAUACCACAGCAAAAUCAGAAUCAUACAGGUGGAGAAGCUGAUGAAUCGACUGCUGUACAAUCAGUACAAGUUGAAGAAGGCGAGCGUGCUGCAGCGCGCCGUUUACCCGCAAGUUGAACGGACUCUCUAUCACGGCACGAGCGAGUCGAGCGUGAAAGAGAUUUGCGUUCACGGAUUCAACAGAAGCUUCUGUGGAAAGAACGCCACCGUCUAUGGCCAGGGGGUGUAUUUCGCUGUCAACUCUGCGCUGUCUGUCCAGGAACAGUAUUCACCCCCAAAUGCAGACGGAUACAAAUUUAUUUUUGUGUCAAAGGUUCUAACAGGAGACUACACUAAAGGCUGCCAUUCGAUGAAGACAGCCCCGCUGAAGGAGACCGGUGAUAUUCCCCUCAGAUACGACAGCGUGACUGACGACAUCACCAAGCCGGGAAUGUUUGUCAUCUUCAACGAUACGCAGGCGUUUCCUGAAUAUCUCAUCACAUGCCAGAGAAUCCACCGCUGAGGAAAAAUGAUUAGCUGCAGAUAAUGUGAUUUAUAAAGGGCUUAUUGUUAUUAGAGUUAUAGUGUACAGUUUUUUUUUUUGUCAUUAUCAAAAUGUCAUCAUUGCUGUUGACUGUUUGAUGACUUGCUCCACUUUAUGUUCUUCACUUCAGUCAAGUCUGAUCAAGGGAAACUCCAACAGUUGAACCCCAAAAUUCCCAUUUUAAUUAAGUAACUUUAAACAUGCCCUUUCAGCACAAUAAGACUCAUUGUGUGAGUGCCUCGUCUUUAAAUAGGUGUGACUCAGCAGUUAUAUAACAUGACAUUCCACUUGUAAUAGUCAAUUUGAUACCACACACUCCAAUGAUUAUUCUCCGUGCUUAAACUUGCAAGCAUCCAAAAUAUCUUGUAUUUAUGAUUUUGCAGUCAACCAUAAAUGAUAUGUUUCACAUAGUUCUGGAUUUUCCUUGAUGCAGAUAAUUGUGAAAUUGUUUGUAUUUUUAAUUGUAAUUCUUUAGCCCGCUGACAGUGCUGGAUAUGCUGCUGUUUAACAGUUUCUACCAUUAGGAGGUGAAUGUAAACUAUCAUUAGUUUGGCAUUUUGAAAGUUUGAUAUAAACUGUGCCAAAGCGUUUUGCUGCCACACCAGGAAAAAAAACAAAAACAGAUCAGUAUCACGUUAUAACAUGAAAAGUUUAUUGUUAUAACAAGAUGUUUUUCAUGUUAUAAGAUAUUUUUGACAUUAUUACGACGUACAAACUUAUCACGUUAUAACAAGAAACUUUUCUUGUUAUAACAAUAUACUAUUUAUGUUGCUAUAACGUGAAACUUAGUGUAUUGUUAUUCUGUGAAUAACAAUAUAAAGUGUACGAUCACUUUAUAACGUGAAACGUUUUAUGUUAUCAGUUAUCACUUUUAACAUGAAAGGUUUCUUGUUAUAACGUGAUAAGUUUGUAUGUCGUAAUAACGUGAAAAGAUCUUGUUAUAACGUGAAAAACAUCUUGUUAUAACGUGAAAAACAUCUUACGUGACACUGAUCUGUUUUUUUUUCCUGGUGUGGCAGCAAUACUCUGCUGUAAAACUGAAUAUAAGCUAUAUUUAUAUGUCUGUAGAUAUAGAUAUAUAUCGAUAAAGAUAUAUUUGCUUUUGGGUUCAAUGGUUUGAGUUUCCCUGAAGUUACUCUGUAGUGUCCAGGUUAAUUAAGAUAACUCUGAGAAUAAUUCCUAGAUGUAGUUACAGUAACUAAAGUACCUGGUGUGUUAGAAAACCAACAGUCCCUGGUCCACUGCUCUACUUUAAAGAAAAUGUUAUUGAAAAAUGAUAACCAUGUUUACAAAAGAAGAAGGAAAAUUAAGUCUUGCUUCAAAAUAAUUAGAAUUAUUAUCAACAUAAUUCACUAAUUAUUAUUCUUUUUUUAAGUUUUAUGCUACUCUAUUGUAAAUGUUAAGCUUUGCACAUCUAUCACCUCGAGCCUCCUAUGUACUUAAAAAAGGAAUGUGUGUUCGUAUUUUAAUAAAAACAAAAUCAUCCGUGAGUUAAGCCUUGUGUGACAUGUGCAAAACAUGUGAUGGGUUUUGAUUCCCUUUUCUUUACGUCACUGCCGUGAACACAGGCUGCAUCAUGAUUUAACGACGGUGCCUCAUUAGGAGUCAUUUCUGGUUAAUGAAGUGCUUUGAUCACAAAUAUUUGGGUUCUGUUAUGUGUGUGGCUUCUGCCUGGGAAUGUGUUUACCAAAGAUCUUUUAAUUAUUAUUAUUUUGAUUUUAUUACAAAUCCUGUAAAAGCAUUUUUUUUUUCUAGAAAACAUGAAGACGUUGCAAUUCAUUAUUAUUUUUUAAGAAAAAUAAAGCUUCUUAAAAUGA